AAUGGCUGCCAAUAGCUGUCGAGGGUUUCGCGGCUGGUCGUGAUCCUUUCACAAACCGAAGCGCGGAAAUACAAAAAAAGCGUCCAGAAUACUGUCCAAAGAUUUUCAUAUCGACGGAUACACUGAUGUAAAGGUUGACGAAUGUCUGAGAGUGAUAUUUACGAUUCGGCGGACGAAUAUACGAGCCUGAUGGACGCUCACGUAGCGGAGUCUCGGACAGAUGACCUAGGCUUGGACACUGGUCGGAAAAGGCGUUCACGUAUUAAUAACGAAGAGGUUGAAAAUGGUGUCCGCGAUGUACAUGUACAAGUACCUGAUAUGUCAGACAAUGCAGGUUCGGCUAGAAGAGGUUCUUCGGAUAACAGUGGUCAGAGCAGGUCCAGAAGUUAUACCGAUGAAGAGGAGGAGGAACUAAAAUAUGGGGCAGCACAUGUUAUUAAAUUAUUUGUGCCUGUAUCUCUUUGUAUGUUAGUUGUAGUGGCUACAAUUAGUUCUAUAAAUUUCUACACAACCAAAGGAGUUUACUUAGUAUAUACUCCAUUCCAUGAAGAUAGUGCAGACAUAAGUACCAAAGCCUGGCAAGCAGUUGCCAAUGCCUCGAUAUUAAUAAGUGUCAUUGUUGUUAUGACAAUGGUACUUAUAGUCCUGUACAAAUACAAAUGUUAUAUGGUAAUCCAUGGAUGGUUGAUUCUAAGUUCCUUAUUAUUGUUAUCUAUGUUUUCUAUUCUGUACUGCGAGCAAAUAUUAAAAGCUUACAACAUUCCAAUGGAUCUGAUCACGUUAGGUAUAUUCGCGUGGAAUUUUGGAGUUGUUGGAAUGAUUUGUAUACAUUGGCAGGGCCCCUUGCAACUGCAACAAGCGUAUCUUAUCUUCAUCUCCGCCUUAAUGGCUCUUGUCUUCAUCAAGUAUCUGCCAGAGUGGACAGCAUGGGUUGUUCUAGGUGCUAUCAGUAUUUGGGAUUUGAUAGCUGUACUGACGCCGAAGGGUCCUCUGAGGAUAUUAGUAGAAACUGCUCAAGAACGCAAUGAAUCCAUAUUCCCUGCCUUGAUUUAUUCUUCGACUGUGAUGUACACAUCUACAAUGACUUACAUUGGCUACGUACAAGCAGCAACAAUGACCAGCAGCGAUGCCGUUGCCAGUGACAAUACGACACAUCCGGUGCAUGGCCAAUCGGAGAAUCAAAAUCCAGAAAAUCCCGAAAAUCCUACAAAUCCUACAAAUCCUACAAAUCCUACAAAUCCUACAAAUCCUGCGCCCAGACAGGCAGAAGAAGACGGGUUUACCCUUGAGUGGAUAGAAACACAUGGCGACAGAGGUGCACGAAGGGCACAAGAAGUGCGUGAGAAUCCUUCGUCGCUAACCGAAAGCUCAAGGCAACCAGAUAAUCGGGUUGUACAGGAACCGCAAGGACAGCAAAUCCCAGUUACCGAGGUAGAACGGGGUGUCAAGUUAGGUCUAGGGGAUUUUAUAUUCUACAGCGUUUUGGUCGGGAAAGCAUCCAGUUACGGCGAUUGGAAUACUACUUUGGCUUGUUUCGUAGCUAUUCUUAUCGGACUCUGUUUAACGCUCCUUUUGUUGGCUAUAUUCAAGAAGGCGCUGCCCGCGCUACCGAUUUCCAUUACUUUUGGUUUAACGUUUUACUUCGCCACCAGGGUAAUCGUCGCACCGUUUGCGGAUAGCUUAGCAAGCAAACAAGUGUUCAUUUAACUACAUGUAUCCCGAAUGUGUAUUCAUCCCGCGAUAUGGUACAAAUCAGAAUAUUCCGUGCGUUGUAUAAGCUGGAUGAUCUAGUAUUUUUAACGACCGAGUUAGUUAUUGAAGGAUAAUAGCGUCGGAUAGGAAUCCAGUGUCACAAAAAUGCUCAAGACUAAAAAAAGUUUACAUUUGUACGACGGAUGAGAGAAAUAAUAAAUGAGAAUUGUAUUUAUCUGAUAGAUAGAGUAACUUUGGCUCUCCUGGAUAAUUUUUAGUUUUUCACACAUAAAAGUUCAUUUUACUCCGAAUCGUAUUUUUUAUUC